AUGGCACAGCGAGGAACUCAACUGGACUCUGAGAAAUUCUCCUGUUCCAUCUGUCUGGAUCUACUGAGGGAUCCGGUGACUCUUCCCUGUGGUCACAGCUACUGCAUGAGCUGCAUUGAAACCCACUGGGAUGGACAGGAUUGGUGGAGAAUCUACAACUGCCCACAGUGCAGACAGACCUUCUCCCCAAGGCCUGUCCUGCGGAAAAACACCAUGUUAGCAGAGUUAGUGGAGGAGCUGGAGAAGACGGGACUCCAAGCUGCUCCUCCUGAUGGCAGCUAUGCCGGACCUGGAGAUGUGGCCUGUGAUGUCUGCACUGGGAGAAAGCUGAAAGCCCUCAAGUCCUGUCUGGUGUGUCUGGUCUCUUACUGCCAGCAGCACCUCCAGCCUCACAACGAAGUAGCCCAGUUAAAGAAACACAAGCUGGUGGAACCCACUGUACAUCUUCAGGAGAACCUCUGCUCUCGUCAUGGUGAGGUGAUGAAGAUCUUCUGCUGCACUGAUCAGCAGUGCAUCUGUUAUCUCUGCUCCAUGGAAGAACAUAAAGGCCACAAGACAGUCUCAGCUUCAGCAGAAAGAACUGAGAGGCAGAAAGGGCUCAGAAAGAGCCGCAAAAAAAUCCAGCAGGGAAUCCAGGACAGAGAGAAAGACUUGAGGGUGCUUAAGCAGGAGGUGGAGGCCUUCAAUCACUCUGCUGAUGGAGCAGUGGAGGAAAACGAGAAAAUCUUCAGCGAGCUGCUCUGUCUGCUUGAUGACAUAAGAUCUGAAAUGAAGCAGCUGAUCAGAUCACAGCAAGAAGCCGAAGUGAGUCGUGCUGAAGAAGUUCAGGAGAAGCUGAAGCAGGAGAUCGCUGAGCUGAGGAGGAAAGACGCUGAGCUGGAGCAGCUCUCACACACAGAGGAUCACACACAUUUCCUGCACAGUUACCCCUCGCUGUCACGUCUCAGUGGAUCUGCACAACUUCCCAGCACCGAUAUCCGUCCUCUGCGGCGCUUUCAGGAUGUGACUGCAGCUUUGACAGAGCUCAUAAAUAAACUGCAGGGCAUUCUUAGUGAGGAAUUGACUAAGAUCUCACUGACAGUGACUGAACCGGAUGUUUUACUGUCACAACUUGGACCCAAAACCAGAGCUGAGUUCUUACGAUAUUCACGUAAAAUCACUCUGGAUCCAAACACAGCAAACAAAGAGCUGGCAUUAUCUGAGGGAAAUAGAAAAGUAAUAAGUACAUUAGAACAGUCGUAUCCUGGUCAUCCACACAGAUUCACUGACCGCUGUCAGGUCCUGAGCAGAGAGACUCUGACUGGACGGUGUUACUGGGAGGUGGAGUGGAGCAGGUGGGGAGCUUCAAUAGCAGUCGCAUAUCAGGAUGUGAGCAGAAAAGGGAAGAAAAGUCAAUUUGGACACAAUGACAAGUCUUGGGCAUUAGAGUGUCACAACAGUUAUAAAUUCAUCCAUAACAAAAAGGAAAAUCUCAUGUCAAGUCCUUUGCUCUACAGAAUCGGAGUGUACCUGGAUCACAGAGCAGGUAUUCUGUCCUUCUACAGCGUCUCUGAAACCAUGACUCUCCUCCACAGAGUCCAGACCACGUUCACUCAGCCGCUCCACGCUGGACUCCAUCUGUAUUCUUCUGAAUCCACUGCUGAGUUUUGUGAACUCAGUGCCUGUGUUCUGAUGGACAUAAAAGACUCAGAAAACUAUGACAAAGCCAAAGCAGCAAUUCUUGCAAAAUAUGAAAUCACACCUGACACCUACCAGAGACGAUUCCGGUCCCUGCAGACUGAGCCUUUCCUGAGGGUGAUCCAUCCAGAGUUGGAAAUCUGGAUCGGAGAGGAUGACCCCAAGAUAGCAGAGGAAGCAGCUCGUCUUCACAUCAGCAAGGACAGAGAGCUGAAAUGCCAAGUUCGGAUGGCGGAAGCACCCAGCCCAUACAAUUCCAAGACCAGCCAGGGUAGACACAGUGAGUGA